UUUCCAAACAGAUGUAUUAUUAUAUACACUGCAUGUGUAACCAUGCUCUUGGUGGUUCUUCUCUUCAUUGCCCUUGCCCAAGGGGUCCGUUCAGGAUUCCAGCAAAGUGACUUCACUAAAUGGAGGGACUGUGGUGUCGGUGACUCAUGGGUGUCAGUGAAACAGUUUGACUUUCGACCAGAUCCUUUCUUCACAAAUUUGGAAUUCACAACAUCCUUCGAUGCAAUCAUUACUCACAGUAUCGCUGAUCAAGUCACAAUGGAUGUCCUCGUAGAAAAACAGUUGCUGGGCCGUUACACCAAGGUGCCCUGUACGUCUGACAUGGGUACAUGUCACUACACUGACCCCUGCCACUUCCUGAACGCGUACAAUCAGCAUGGAACAUGCCCCCCACAGCUGACGGCCAAUGGUAUCCCCUGUACCUGCCCAUUCAACCCAGAUAAACUUUCAAUACCGAUGACUAAGUUCUCCUUAAACAGAAUGAGGGGACUAUGGAGAGAUAUUUUUUAUGACGCUGAGUUCCACCUGAAAAUCACGAUCAACGAAAACUGACCCAACAACUACGAGGGUGUUUUGAGGCCUUCAUUAGCACUUAUUCAGGCGCACCGGGGAUGUUUGACACAUGGGUGUUGAGCCCACAACUGGAGAUCAACCCAAGUCCUAUCAAACUUCCUGGGGAUAUCAUUGUAUCGUUUGAUGGAUUCAUCACUCAUGAUAUCUCUGA